ACAGAUCCACUCUCACCUCUCUGAGUUUACCGGUGGUGAUCGGAUCUAGCGAUGGAUGGUGGCGACGACAUGGAUUCCCUUUUCGAGGGGAUGGAGCUAUUCACGCCCUCUUCGUCUCAGCUCAGCGACAACUCACCCGCAAUUUUGCCGCCUUCGAAGGAGGCGGAGACGACAGUGAUCACGGCUCCGGCGGCAGAGGCGACGGAGGCGAUGUCUGAGCCUCUGGACGAAGAUAUGUUCUCCGACUUAACGAUAGUGACUCCGGUCCAACACGUACCUGAGGCAGUUACUCAUCAAUCUCCCUUACCGUCUUCUUCUUCCUCCUCCUCCUCCAUGAGGCGGCAGGUGUCGCGGAGGAAGAAGAGAUCCGGCGGGUUAAGAAUCGGAUACGGUAGGCACGAAGUUAACGACGACGAAGACGACGAUUCCGUUAGUCAACAAUCGGCUGAUUCCGUCAGUCAGUUAUCAGAUUCCGUCAAUCAAGUAACGGAUUCCGUCAGUCAGUUAUCAGAUUCCGUUAAUCAAAUAACGGAUUCCGUCAAUCAAGAACCGGAUGUUCCCGUCGUUGAUCAGCCUUUGGACUCAGUCAAGGCUCAGAUCGAAGGGAAGCUAAAACUUGCACGUGCCUUAGCAGCUUCUGUUACUUCUUCUCGCAAGAACGCUAUCAGGAAGAGAAGGCAAGCGUCUGAGAAUCUCAGAUUAGCUUCCAAAGCCCACGACGAGCUAGAGAAGCAGCUCGAGGAAGCUAUAGAGGCUGAGGAUUUCGAUGCGGCCGAAAAGAUCAGCGAAAGCCUCGCUGAUGCUGAAAGAGAUAAGCUUUCUCUCAUGGCAUUGCUCCGUCAAGCUGAGUCUGAUUGUGAUGCUAUUGAAUCAAAGAUGGAGGAAGUCUUGCUUUCUCAGAUUGCAGCUGAAGAAGAAUCUGCCUCUCUGCUUCGCGGAUUUUGCACGGAUGCUGAGAGUGAAGCUGAGUCGAUUUUGGAAAAGGCAGAUGCUUUUUGUGUAGAGGAAACGGGGAAAUGGAAUUCAUGUUGUGAAGAUGUAGAGUUCAGAAAAGUCGAACUGGAUAUAGAGUCUGUCAUAGUUGAUAACGUUCGAUUGUCAUUAAAUGAUACUCUUGAGGGGUCUGUUGAGCAAGAGAUGAAAGAAAAGGAGAUGCUGGGUAAGAAGAAAGAGCAUUUGUCUAAUGAGCUUGAGGAGCUGCUUGCUCUGGUGAAGGCAAAGGAGAAGGAGAUUGACGAGAACGAUUCCCAAAUAAAGGCAGUUGAGGAGAGAAUUAAUAGUGUGGUCUCUGGCUACAAGGAGUUGCAAGCAAGCAUGGAUAAGAUGUUUAGCGAUUUGCAAGCGGGUCUCUCCCAGGUUGAUACGGAGACUGAGGAUUUGUCAAGGAAAAAGAAAGACGUGGACGAGUUCGUGGCGUCUGAGAAGGAGAGAGGAGCUAAACUCCGUGAACUUGUCAGUGUUUCGGCAGAUGAAGCAAAUGAAUAUGAGGAAGUUAUUAAACUGAGAAAAACUCUGAUGUCAUAUGUGUCAAAGACUAGAGAAGAGAGAGCCAAGCUUGUAAGUAUCGAAGAGAAGCUCUCUGAGGAAGUCCAGAGGCUACAGGAGGAGGUUUCUAGUACCCGAGAGUCCCUAAAGGAGCAAUCUUCUAGAAAGUCAAUCAUCCAACAGAACAUUACAUCUUUCAUGGAUAAAAUUAUGUUUAUAGAGAAGAGGAUGCCGGAGCUUGAAGCAGAAAAGAAAGUGGCUGCCUCAACGAGAAAUUUCAAAGAAGCAGGAAGAAUAGCAGCAGAAUUAAAGUCUUUAAAUCUUGAGAAGGAUAAAAUACAGACCGAAACAGGACAAGCUAACACUGAACUCGAGAAAGCAGAGGAGGAGAUUGAAGAAACAAUCAAGAGGCUACAGGAGUUAGAGAGGUUGAUUUUGUCUAAAGAAAAGGAAUUGUCUGUGAGUAGAUUCCAGAGGUUGCGGAUUGACAGUGGCACUGCAAAAGCAGAGAGAUCAGCUGCUCUGGAGCUGAGUGAUCUCGAGGAAGCUAAUCUUCUACUUGAGGAAGCACAGGAAGCUGAGUCUGAAGCAGAAAAGCUUAAACUCACAUGCGGUAUCAAAGAAGAAGAAGAAGAGGCUAAACCUUGUGAAUGUUUUGUCUCGAUGGAACUUAUAGCCACCUUCGGUCUGAAGAAAUUACAAGAACUGGCAGAAUCUGUUCCGUCGUAACUCCCAAGCUGCUUCAGGUUCAACCCUUGGGACUAAAGGCGCUCAGAGAUGAUCAAGCAAAAUAUUUAAAAGGCGUUGUUGAUGAAUCCACAACGUUUGAUCUCAUGUACGUUAGUCCACAUCAACAUGUAUGGUUUUGUUUUUCGGAUCCGUGUUUGAUUGAUUUCUUGAUGAAAGAAGAGAGUGCAAGCUUGUUCAAGCAAAAUACACUUGUAAGUUUCAUCCAAACACUUUUGAAUACCUUUUUUGUACAA